GGGAGGAGGAAAGCGAGACUGCUGCAGUGUUGUUAGUUUGAACAAAAUGGCUGCGAGACCACUGUCAACGAGAGCUCACUGAACGCCUACCAUGACUAUCCGCUCCGCUGUCUGGAUCCAAACAGAAUGUAUUUCCACGGAGUCGUUUCUCACUUUGUAUUUGCGGUAGCCAGCCCGUCGCUAGUCGUCCAGUUGGCGACCUAAACACAUUUUUUUGUUUGCACUUUAGAACAAGUUGGCUGGCUGACUGACGGCCGUCGGCUUGCUCCCUAUACGCGAGAACUCAUCGGCGAUUUUUAACGAAAACUGCGUGCUGAUUUCUCUGGUUUUGCAAAACCUCGCAAUCAUCGACGAUUAACAGCGUCAACCAGCUCACGUUAGCUUGCAUCCUUCAGCUGCUUUUAAAAGUCAUUUUUAUUCGUGUUUUUUCUUUUGUUUUUGUUGUUAGUGGUGCUUCGUUUCCCUUCCCCGCCCCUCAAUAUUGUGUGACGUUUUUAACAAACUGUUUCAUCGGCGAGGGUAAUUUCACGGCAUAUUUUUUGCUGAAAACAAACAUUACCGUACUUGCUGUGCGUAUAUCUGGCUGAGUAGCCGUUGUUUACCUCGGUAUCUUCAGCAGCAGUCGGCUCUCUGCCAAGUCCGACUUGAACUGCGACUGAAUCUCUCCUCCAUCUCUUUACGGGUAACUUCAGAGAAGACAUCGGAUAAUGCUUUUCUGCAUAUUUUAUUCUGCCAUGAACCUUCUCUUCACUGACAUCUGCCAAAUCUGUGGUUAACGAAAGCUGAGAGAAGCUAGCGACAGAAGGAAGAGAACCAUUUGAUGGAAGAAAAGAAAAAGAAAAAAACAAGAAGAAAAGAACAAGACGGACGUCGCACAGAAAAGGUGAAGGCUUCUGAUCAGAAACCCAAAGUGCCAGACCCUGCUCCCACUAAGCCCAGUCCCGGCCCCCCCCACCACUUCCACCCUGCCAGCCCUACGCUGCCCCUCUCCUCCUCUUCUUCUUCUUCUGGCAAUGGCAAGCGCGCCUCCUCCAGUAGCCAGCUCCAGACUCAGACCCCCCCUCAGCAGCAGUGCCAGUUGUCCUCUGCCAGUGCUCGCUACCCGCCCAGAGAGGUGCCACCCCGCUUCCGCCAGCAGGAGCACAAGCAGCUACUGAAGAGAGGCCAGCCACUGCCUGCAGGAGCCCUCAGCGCUCUCACCCUCUCCUCGUCCUCCUCCUCCUCUUCGCCCUCAUCAUCUUAUUCUUCUACGACUACCGGCAGCACAUCCCCAAACUCUGCCACGUCCGCUGCGAACAAACGCCACCCAGACAUAUCCCUCCAGAGUGGCUGUAUUGCCCAGUAUGAGACCUCUCAUUGGGGAGCCUCUUUGCCAGUUGACAGCUGCUCCAGUGCCAACAGCUGGGACAAAGUGAAUAUUGACAAAAGUGACACGGAAGCUUGGCCCUCCAUCAACCACAGUAGUGACACCAGCCAUACCGCAGCACAAGAAUGCACCUUGGGCUCAGCUAGCUCAAACACAGACAACAGUGCUGUCACAACCACCAGUAGUUGUAGAAAUCUGAGUAUGGCCACAGGUGCGGCAGGCCAGCCGGCCCACUACCCCUCUCUUAAAGCCAACAAUAACAUGAUGACAGGACAUGGGCCAGCCAAUACGUGUGGUAGUAGAGGUUGGGGCGCAGAUGGGAAACAAGAUGGUAUGAAUGGUGGCAGAGUAGGAAUGCCCAAUAACUGGGGGGUUCCCAAUUUUAACAUGAACCUCAAUCCCAAUGCCAACCCAUCAGCCUGGCCUGUUCUCGGCCAAGAGGCUGGUUGUGGUAUUGGCCCUAAUGCAGUGUCAAACUCCCCAUCCCUUCCACCAGGUAUUAAUGGCAAUGGAAACAUGGGAGAUGGGAGACUGGGAGGUGCAGAGAAUGGUGGUGGAGGUUGGGGUGGCCUGAUUAGUUCCAAUGAACAUGAUCAACAGCACCCUUCAACCAACACAAACAUGUCCUACAAAAUGGAACCUUCUAACCUUAACACUGAUGGACCAAACCACACUAAGCAGCAGCAAGCUCAGGAGCCUAUGAGCCCUAUUCAUGGGUUAACUGGCUGGGGAGGCCAGUCCCCCACUGAAUCAUCCCAGCUCAAUGGGGACACAACAGGCAGCUCUGUAUGGGGUAGUGGAGAAACCAAGGCAGCUGACUCCCCCAAGGAAUCCAGCUGGGACUCGACUCCAUCUGGAGGGCAUUCUGCAUGGGGCCGCCAAGGCAGUGGUGGUGGGGGCAGCGGAGGAAGUGGUGGCUGGGGUGACUGGGGGAAAUCUUCUGGUGGAAGCAAAGAAGCAACUAAAGGCUGGGACUCAGUAGACGCUGGUAUUUCUGGUUCAGGCAAAGAACCGCCACUUAGCUCAUGGGGCCAGCAGCCAAGACCAGCCCCAGAAAGUGAGGGUAGUAGGGACAGCACCGAAAGUCAAACUGACCACAGAGACAGGACCUCCAGCACGGAUUGUACCCCUCUUCUACCCCGGCAGGAUCUGGACCCUAGGGUGCUGAGUAACACGGGUUGGGGACAGACCCCCAUUCGACAGCACACUGUAUGGGAGAUGGAAGAAGCUAACUCUGAUGAUGAGAAGAGAAAAAGCUGCUCAGAUGCCAUGGCAGUCUCCAAAUCCACUGGUGGACCCUCAUCCAACACUGGAGGUACCAUCAAUCCACAAAUUAGCCCCAGUCAGAGGUCUGGGUCUGGAGAAAAGAGUGACAGUGAAGGGUUACCAUCCUCUGGCUGGAGAGCCAAUCCACCUCAGCCUACCCAGACUGGAUCAGGAUGGGGGGACCAACCACAGUCACACAGCAAGGCGCCAAAUGGUACUAGUGGUCCCAGUGGCUGGGGCGAACCUUUGCCUACCAAUGUUCCUAGAAACGGAGGCAAAUCAUCCUGGGGUUCUGAGGACAAGUCACCCAGUUGGAACAAUGGCAUGACAAAAAGUCAGCCUAACACUAACCCAGGCUGGGAAGAGGGUCCUAAAAGCUCUCAUGGAUGGGGCAAUAGUAAUGGGGGCCCCAACAACUCCAGUACAGGGGAUUGGGGACAGGCAGAGGUCAAGAAGAAUGGAUCCUCCAGCAGCAUGUGGGAAGGAGAAGGAGGGAAUGGUGGUGGGAAUGGAGGUGGUGGUGGGAAUGGAGGAGGUGGUGGUGGUGGUGGUGGUGGAGGUGGACGUGGUGGAGAUGGUGGAUGGAAGGAAAGCCCCAGGGGAGGAAAUAGAGGAGGAAACUGGAGUAAACCUGCUCCUACUGUAAGUAAUAACAGCUGGGGGGAGACCCCACAUGCCAAUGGCCCAGCGCAGGGAGGCUGGGGCUCUUCCAAGCCCCAGGAAAAUAACAGCAGUAGCAGCAGCAGUAGCACUGGCAGUGGAGGAGGUGGCAGUAUGGGUUCAUGGGGUGGUCCUGGUACUGUGAAGCAGAACCCAUCAAGCUGGGGCAAUAGCAGCAAACAGGAGCAGGGCAUGGAUCGCAGUGGCUGGGAAGAGCCCUCCCCUCCCUCCAUGCGCAGGAAGAUGGAAAUAGAUGAUGGAACGUCCACCUGGGGCAAUCCUGCCCCCAACAGCGGCAAUCCUGCCCCCAACAGCGGCAAUCCUGCCCCCAACAGCGGCAAUCCUGCCCCCAACAGUGGCAAUCCUGCCCCCAACAGUAGCAAUCCUGCCCCCAACAGCGGUAAUCCUGCCCCAAACAGCGGCAAUCCUGCCCCAAACAGCGGCAAGACUGUCAACAUGUGGGAUCGAAACAAACCCAAUAAUAACCCAGACAACAGCGGCCCACCUCCCAGUAAGAAUGGUGGAGUGAUUAUCCCCAACAAUAACAACAACAAUCACUCAGUUGGCCCCGGCAACAACAAUCACCAUCACACUCACCACAUGCACCACCAUCCCAAUCAUAGCCAGCCCAAUCAUAUCCAGCCCCCAACUCACCUGCAACAUCAUGGAAACAACAAUGGGUCAUCCACCAAUGGCACUCAACAUCCAGGCGUGGGCCCCCAGGGUAGACCCCCCCUCGCCAACCCAGGUUGGGGAGAGGUUCCCAGUGUUCAGCCCAAGUCAGAACCUGCUUGGGGUGAGCCAGCAGCUCCAACAUCAUCUGUGGACAAUGGCACCUCCGCCUGGGGCAAGUCCACAGGGGGAGCAGGAGGAUGGGGAGAUGGUGGCCACGAGCCCUCUGGACCCUACGGCAGGGCAAACGGACCCACAGGUUCUGCACCCUGCAAGCCAGGCCCAAAACCUAUGCAAGAGAGCUGGGGAAAUGGAGGAGAGGAUAUGGGCAUGUCGUCCGGGCAAUGGGACACUGAGGAGGGGGACAUGUGGAACAGCCCCACCUCCCAGGAAAGCAGCUCUUCUUGCAACUCCUGGGGCAAUGGACCCAAGAAAGGCCCAAGCAAGGCGAAGAUAGGCAAGCCAGAUGAGGCUUGGAUCAUGAACCGUCUCAUUAAACAACUCACUGACAUGGGCUUUCCGAGAGACCCUGCUGAGGAGGCUUUGAAGAGCAACAACAUGAACCUUGACCAGGCCAUGAGCGCCCUGUUGGAGAAGAAGACAGACCUGGACAAGCGGGGCAUGGGAAUGUCUGAUUACAGCAACGGCAUGAACAAGCCCAUGGUGUGUCGGCCCUCAGCACUCUCCAAAGACCCCUCCGACCGCAACUCCUAUCUUGACAAGGAUGGUAUUCUGUCAGAUGAAGCCCCCCAAUCACCGUUUCUGCCUUCCCCCAGCAUGAAGCUCCCCCAGGCCAAUAGUAGCCUUCCUGGGCAGGGUCUGGGACAGGGCAACCCGGGGCUGGCCAUGCAAAACUUGAACAACAGACAGAUACCCAGUGGAAUGUUUGGCAGUAGUGGAGCAGCACAAACCCGGGCCAUGCAGCAGCAGCAGCAGCCUCCUCAGCCACCAGUGCCACCUCUCAGCUCCUCCCAGCCUAGUCUACGUGCUCAAGUGCCUCAGUUUCUCUCCCCUCAGGUCCAAGCACAGCUCUUACAGUUUGCAGCAAAAAACAUUGGUCUGAACCCUGCACUUUUAACCUCACCAAUAAACCCUCAACAAAUGACUCUCUUGUACCAACUUCAGCAACUGCAAAUGGCGUACCAGCGUUUACAAAUCCAGCAGCAGAUGAUGCAGGCGCAACGCAAUGUUUCCGGCCCCAUUAGACAACAAGAGCAGCAAGUUGCACGUACAAUCACCAACAUGCAGCAGCAGAUCCAGCAGCACCAGCGUCAGCUGUACCAAGCGCUGCUGAUGAAGCAGCAGCAAGUUCCUUCUCAUUCCUCCUCCUCUUCCUCCGCUGGUCUGCAUCCCCCUGGUGGCCACGCCGGAGGCCAUGGUUCCGGCAAAUCAACCCAUGACCCCUACACAGGCCAACACCAGUCCCCGGGCCUCUCCGACUCAAUGCACACCAAAGAGGCGCUGUCUUCGCCCAACGCCUACAGCUCCUACCCUCUCUCUGGACUGAAUCCAAACAUGAAUGUAAACUGUAUGGAGGUUGGGGGUCUUUCCCUGAAGGAGUCCCCUCAGCCCCAAUCCCGCCUGUCCCAGUGGACACACUCCAACUCCAUGGACAGCCUCUCUGGCAACUCCUCAAACAUGGAGAACCUCAACAAGCACGGUGCCAUAUCUGCUGCCUCUUCCCUCGGCCCCCCUGGGAAGCCCCCCCAUAUGGAGGACUCAUACAGCCCCUACAAUCUAAUGUCCAGCUCUGAGUCCCCCACCAGCCCCCAAGAUAGCUGGGGCCCUGGCAAGAUCCAGAAUGAAAAGAUCUCCAAUGGGACCAACAUUAACUGGCCCCCAGAGUUCUGCCCCGGUGUGCCAUGGAAGGGUCUUCAGAACAUCGACCCUGAGAAUGACCCCAACAUGACCCCUGGCAGCGUCCCCAGCGGUCCCACCAUCAACACCAACAUCCACGACGUCAAUCGAUACCUACUGCGGGACAGGAAUGGAGCCACUUCCCCAGCUCCGUCACUGGAGAAUGGCUCUCUGCCCCCCCCCAGCAGCGACUGGCCAUUCAGUGGCUACAAUAGCUCUUUCAGUCUGUCUUCCUCUGAUGAAGACAGCUCAGGAAAAAUGUCUGACAUGAAGUCCACCUGGUCCCAAGGGCCCAUCUCUCAGAGCCAGGCCUCUCUGUCCCACGAGCUGUGGAAGGUUCCUCAGGGGCCCCGCAGCAACCCGGCCCCCUCCCGGCCUCCACCGGGUCUCAGCCACAACAAGCCCUCCUCCACCUGGGGAGGCAACUCCCUGGGCCUGGCCCAAGGCUGGAGCAACUCCUACACCUCUGAGACAACCACCUGGAGUACGGACAGCUCCAACAGAACCAGCAGCUGGCUGGUGCUGAGGAAUCUCACCCCACAGAUUGAUGGCUCAACUCUGCGGACCCUGUGCAUGCAGCACGGCCCCCUGAUCACAUUCCACCUCAACCUGACCCAGGGGAACGCUGUGGUGCGCUACAGCUCCAAGGACGAGGCUGCAAAAGCCCAGAAGUCUCUGCACAUGUGUGUGCUUGGGAACACCACCAUCCUGGCGGAGUUUGCCGGGGAGGAGGAGGUGAACCGCUUCUUUGCACAAGGCCAGUCGCUGGGGGCUAACACCACCAGCUGGCAGGCCAACCCUGGAGCCAAUCAGAACAGGAUGGGCGGAGGCGGACAGUCCCACUCCAUGAGCCAGUGGAGCAGCGGAGGCAAGCCCAGCGGAGGCGACUUGCUGUGGGGCAACGUGCCCCAGUACUCCAGCCUGUGGGGACCCCCGAGCGGAGAGGACCAUAGGGGGAUCGGGAGCCCCACUUCCAUCAACACCCUGCUGCCUGGAGACCUGCUGAGUGGGGAGUCCAUGUAGGAGGAUGCUACAAUACACUAAACAACCAACCUACCACCACCACCACCACCAUGUCACGUAAGGCAUUGGUGGUGGGUGGGUGGGUGAUAAAAAAUAAAAAAAGUCUAUACAAACAGGAGCAAAACCCAAGCAAAUCAUGUGGCGAUAAUCAGUAUCAAUUUGAACUGUGAAUUGUGAAUCAGAAGGCGGGAGUCCCUACCACACAGACUGCUGACUCCAGUCCUUCUGCUUCGCUUUUGUCCCUUUUUUUUUGGUUCGGUUUUACCUCCUUUGGGGAAAAGAAGCAAACAUUUUUUCCCUUUGGUAUUUUUGAUCAUGUAAAACUAACUGAAAUGAGACACAACACAAAGAAACCUUUUAAGUGUUUUUAGUUUUUCCAUAAGUAUACAUGACAUUCUGUGUGAAGUUUUUUAUGAGAAGCAAUCAAAGCUGCCAUCUGAGACUUUCCUUUUCCCUCCAAAAAAAGAAGAAGAAUCAUCCCAAAAUAAGAACUUAAAACAACCAUUCCCAGCAUGUCCAUGGCCAAUGAUGUGGUUCAAAGACCUUUACUAGUUAUGUUAACGUUUGUUUCUCAGCACUAAUAUUAGCCUUAAGUGCUCUCUGGCCUAGGUCCUUCCCAAGCCGCCUUUUUUAGUUUAUUUUGUAACUGAAGAAAUAGCUGAAAUCUUGCACAGUUUCACCUCUGAGCCAGCAGGUGGUACAGGACAUGACUGGUGACCGACUCUGUCACUGGGCAGAGAGAAGGCCUGGCCACGUGACUGGCCCUACCAAUCAUCAGCUUAACUAUUUGAUUUGUAUUCUCAAAGGGAUAGACACAGCUGUUAAAUGUCCUCUUUAUUUGUAGGCCUAGACCCAAGCGCAUUAUUUUAUAUCUAUUACAACAUAUAAGCUGACAGAAGAUUAUUUGUCGACCUCGCUGCGUGUCUCUGUUUCCGUACAUGCCUAUUAUGUCCGGUGGCACCUAAUCAUUGACGUCUGCAAGCCCAGAUCCUUCUGGUCACCUUCAACCCGGGCGCUUACCGGUGCUGUGUUGAAUUUUCUAUUGUCCGAUUUGUUAUGAAGCCCAGCGGUCUGUAUGGUCAGCCAGUUUUUGGAGGAAAAAAAAGGACACAAUUUACCUUCAUGUGACAGUUACAUUGUGCAAUAUACACCAUAGACCUUUCUUCCGUCCAUACUCUACGUCCACCGGAGCUGGUUUAGCUUUUUUCGAUUGUUGCCGAUUGCAGCAAAAAGACUUUGGAACUUCACAAACCUUACCCCCUUUUUUCAAAACUUGGAUUCCCCCCAGGCCGCCAGUCCCCCUGGAAAACUCUGCAAAGAGGAAGCAACAGCUUUUGAACUGUGCAUGCAGCAAACUGUACACAAGAAUGACACUGGGUACACAAUAAUGCACACUUCCUCUCUGCGUGCCACAGCCACACCCAACAGAGACUGAAUCCACAGUGGGAUUGGACGGUUUGGGUAUCUGGCACAAUACCAAAUAAGAGGGGUUUCUCCUAAUGCAGUAGACCUACGAGUGUUCCUUGCGUUUGGUACUGUACAAACAAAUGAAACUAAGACUUUUAUAAAUUCAAAGGGUUUUAUCAUAGCACUUAUGAAGAGCAAAUCGCUUCAACUGCAAUCCAAUAAAUCUAAAAAGGAGCAGCAUAAACAUUGAAAACUAAAAAUACUGCUCUUUUAUGUACUAUAUCUAUUCCUUGGAAAUGUGUCUGGCGUUGUUCCUAUGGUAGCAGGACGAAGGGAAACGGAACUGAAUUGUACCGUUGGACUUUGGGGAAAAAAAUGCAGUCUGAUUUAUUUGUUCCUUCUUUGAACAAUAUCGAAGUGAAUAUCACUGUUACUCCAAAUGUUAAGCCUUGUUCUGCUUGGAGGCACUAGACAAUGUCAGCUGUCUCUGACGCCCGCUGGCCAGUCAGUCGGUGGGUGAGUCGGAAGGGAGUCGGGGGGGGGGAGGGGAGAGAGUGUCCACUGAGUGCCUCUCUGCUGUGGUCCUCUGGGUGUCAAGUGGCAGCCCCACAGCGCAGCACUUCCUCCUGGGCUCCACUUGACCCUCCCUCAGUCUGGCAAAGAAAGCGGCCCCUCCAAAACCGGCCAAUCACGGCUCUCCGCCCCACAUAACAUCUCCAAAGGGGGGGGCCGCCACCACCCGACCCCGCUGGCGUCUCGCCCUCUCCCCCAUCUCUCAGUCCUUUGACACAAAGAUCACUUUAGCUGGAAGAUGUAAUAGUCAUAUUUCUGGAGUUUUUGCCAGUGUACUUUUUAUGUCUUGGGAAAAAGAUCAUUUUGACUUUAUUUUUUUCAAUGUGUUAUAUUGUUAUUGGUGUCUACAUGCAGUGGUCUACAAUAUACCGGCUGCUGAACUAGCCCUUCACUGUUCAUAUGCAGAAACACUUUGGUCAGAGGUGCCUCUGUAUGUUCAUCCUGUGUAUUGAAUGCAAACCAAGGAUCAAUACUACAGAGCGUUAUUGAUUGUCUAUUUGUUUUUAACUGAUCAUGCUUUUGUUUGACAGUAUUCUGUAGUACUUCCAGGUAGUAUCUUGAGAUGUGUAAAAAUAGGGUGUCUCAGACGGGUGUGGGUAUUUGUUGCUCCAAGCUGCUCCGCCUGCCCGCAGGCUGUCCCCCCCUUGCCCUUUGCCUAGCUGCUACGCUAUGACCUCCUCCUUGACCAGACCCAGUAGCCCCCCCCCUACCAGGCCCUCCUAUCUGUUUCUAUGCAAAAGACUAGAGGCUGGGGCCCUUUACAGCACGCCAAACCUGACUCGGGAAUGAGCACUCCUCCCAGAGCUUGGCACACCCAACCCUUGCACCCUCUGUGCGCUUCUGUCAGCACUUAAAAAUGGCCGCCGUUUCUUUAAAGUCAGGAUCAGCCACCAGAACACUGUCAUAUAUUAAAGUCCGAACACUUACUCGAAGUCGGUCUUUCUCUCUGCGCUGAAGACACUUCUGUCCAGCUUGAUCUCAGGGUAGAGGAGUAGAUGAUACCAAGUAUGAGAUGCAGCUCUCCGUAUAUAUAUAUAUAUAUAUAUGUCCUUUCUACUGUGAGAGCAAAGUCUAAAAUUAAAAGGCCAUCUGUGCAACAAUUUUUACGGACCUCAUGCCUCGAACGUAAUCCUAAUUGGAAGGGAAAAGGCUUGUAUUGAAUCCUUUUCCUCAAAAGGUGGCCUAUUGUUACUGUUUCGGGGCCAAUUAUUGCGUGUAAAAGUUGCCAACGUAAUGUGCCAAUAUAAAUUUGCUGUGUCAUACUGUAUCUUUAUAGAGAGCACUUCUGUUCCCUGUUGGGAGGAACUUUGAUAACCUUUGCAGAGGGUGAAGCGGGGGACAGGAGGGAUCAAACCAAUGGGCAGCAGCAUCACACCCUUAAAUGACUGAGAUUCUUUUUUUUUGUGUGUUUUUGUUGGGAAUGCCUCAUGCUAAGGAGAAAAUCUUUACUCAGUUGGGGGUUCCAGUUUGCUACAGUGCACAGUUGAUGAUGGGUAAUCCCGGGUACAUAUUUUUUUAAAACCAAAAAUGAAAUUGCAUUUUAACGUCAUUUUUAUGAAGUUUGACAUAAAAAUCUUAAAAAUGCUAAAAAAUCUAAGUGAAAAAAAAGAUCUAUAAUAUGUUAAAUCUCUGCACUUCUAGCUGAAACGUCUCCGCUCAUCAGCCUCUACGUCCACCAUCUAACGGAGUAGAGUGGUGGCCGGGGUGCCUUUUUGUGGAUGCUGUAUUUAUCUCGUUUUUAUGUUUGUGUCCUGCUCAAAGCAGGCCCACUGAACUGUACAUUUCCACAGACCCAGAUGGCUUGGGCCCACUGUAUCAGCCUCGCUCUCCUCGCUCUGCAUCAGCAGGAGGGGAGGGGCACAUUUCAAGAGGUACAAAGUCUUAAAAAACAUUCUAAAAAAAAGUUUAAAAAACAAAAAAAAUUAACAAGAAAACGGGAAAAGGCUACCUUUCAGGACUUGCGGUCCUGCAGCACACAAGCAAAAAUCACUAUUGCCUGUUUCUGUAACUGCCUUGAUCCAAGCUCAGACAGACCCAAUAGCCGAGGACCUCCCAGCAUCCUGUACUAACUGGAGAACCCUGACAGUGAGGGGGGUUUCCCAUGCUGCACCAGCAUCGAGAGGUUCUCCUCUCUAUAGCUCUGUUCUAGAUGACAGUAUAUAUGUAUACACUACAGUAAGUAUACAUAUAUAUCUGUGAGUUCAGUGUGUGGUAUCACCUCUUCAGACUUCUUGGAUCGUAACCUCUGAAACGUUUCAUUUUCGUUUGAAAGGUCUUGGUUAAAUACAACUGAAAAAUGAGCAAUAUGUAUUUUCCCCGCAAAUAAGCGAAACGAAGGAAAGAAUUUGGGUCGGGUGUAAACUGAUACUUGAUUGAAAGCUACGCCUUUCUCACAGAGUUGGAUAUGCACGUUCUGGCUUUGAUGACAUAUUACAGUACUUUGAAGUGCUUGUACUGUAAAUAUGUGUUUUUGUUUGUCAAUUAGCCUGUCUAAAAGCCCAACCCAACCAGUCGCUAAAAAAAAUCUCAAACAUAUCAAAACACGACAAAAUAUUGAACACAAAUACUUGAAUCAUGGAGCGCCAAUAAUGUAAUGUGAAGUCAGUCAUUCUCUUCUAGUUCUCUCCAUCUGACAGGUACACUUGGGGGACUCUUAGAGAAUAUUAAAAAUGUAUUGCAUUGAGUUACAAAUACAAAAUCUUAGAGGUAAAAAUGCAAAGUCAUCUUAGAUGUGUGCUUGAAAGUCAGAUGUUUGUAUGAAUGUGUGCGCAAGAAACUGUGUACCAGGCAAAUGGCCUGUUGUUGUGUUCCACUCAGUAUGUUAUAUUUUGUGUCUGUUUUUUUCUUUUUUUUGUUGUCCUGUCAAAAACUGUUUUGAUAGACAUGUUAUUAUCUUCUAACGUUGCACUGAGUGUCUUCUACCCCUCACUCAGCUAAUCGUAGAUAAACGAGUCUAAGUACGGAGGGGAGAUGGUGACAAUUCAUGUGUACAUGUUUACUCAAGGACUUAAUGGAUUUUGUUUCAUUUUAUCUGUAAAAAAGUGUAUCUACCUUAUAGUGGCUUUUAUUGUGGAGUAAUCCAAUACAAGGAUUAUCAUUGAGUAUUGCACCAUUAUGUUCCAAUUAUAUAAAAAAUGAAAAAAAUCUUAAAAUACAAAGACAAAAAAAACCUAGAAAAACAAAAAAGGGGGUAAAAAAACAAAGAACUGUUGCCAUAGAUAGUUGUAGAAGGACUUGUAAUCCCUAUGUUAACUUCAUGGAGAAAUGGAAAGGGAUAAAGUGUGGGAGGUGAGUUUGUUACAAGACUCAUUUCAGAGGUGCCUAUCUUGUUUUGGGGGGGGGGGGGUUGUGUUUUUUGUUGCAAAAGCCACCUGUCGUUUACAAGCAUUUCAUUUGUCUGAAGUUCAAGGAAAUACAAAUUUAUAACAGGAAUGUUGUAAAAAAAGAAAUCAUGACAUUUUUGCAAAAUGAAGAUUUAUGCUACUUUAAGAACUCUGGGAUUGAUCAGUGUUGUCAUAUUUCAAUUUUUAAGUUCUCUUUCGGCGUCGACAGACUAUCUGUCUGUAUUCUGUAAGUUGUUAUGUUUCCUGUAAGCAACGCAGUUUGCUCACGAUCUUGCACACUCAUAAAAGAUGUGGAUUAUGUCUCAGGAAGGCCAGGGUUCCAGAUACCAACUCCUUCAUUUCUAGGUUUAAUCUUCGUGUGAAAAAAACCCAACUGAAAACAAUUAAACUCCAAGCAGGCACUGAAGGUCAUGAGUUUAAACAGAACAUAGAGUACCAUUGUUUUCUCGAAAGCAACAACACAAAUGUUCGUAGCAAGUUAUAUAUUUACCAAAUAAGACUGAGAAUCAACUUUGAAAAAAGUGGAGUGCUUUACAUGUGAAAUCUAAGUAGAAUUGCUUUACAUUUAACCUGAUCAAUGGUUUGAUUGUCAAAAAGGCAGUGACAUAAAAAUGCAUUUGUAUGUUUUGACUUAACGUUUCCAUCCUGUAGUUCAGGAGCAUUGUGCAAGAAGUGUAUGUGUUUGUUUUUAAUCAUCUCUCCUGUCUGCUAACAUGUGACAGGUAGUUCAAUAGUUAAGAGGUUUUCUUAACAUGUAACGGAAGGUUUUCAGAGGCAGAUUUGAAGUGGAGGAGGAAAGCUGGUUUUUAAAGGAUCAUGAUCUAUGCACAAGUGGGAGGGAAGAGUCCAAACCCAGCUGCUGUACUGCGGGCGUUUGUCGACUCAGUCUGGGGUUCAGGGUUUGAUGUAGGGUUGUUCUUGUUUUGUCUCUUGCUCACAUUUCCUUCACUUCCCCCUUCCUCCUUUUUCAUCAUCGUCAUCUAAUGUUUUAGCAAAAUGUUACAUUGUGUUGCCAUGCUGUGUAAUCCUUAACCAAUGAGCGCUUAUCCUUCGGCUAAAGCACUGUGGGUUGUACUGGGAAAAAAAGCCCAUGACUUUUAAGGCUGUCAGUUUUUUAAAGGGGACGAGGGUGGGGGAUGGAAUGGGGGUACUUUGCCUUUGCCUUUCUCUUUACUUUGAAAAAAAACAUUAAGGAAAAAUGUCUGUAACUGAAAUACAAAGUUGUGGCUUUUAAUGUUGUUCUUUUUUCUCCUCAUAGAAUGUGAUUGUUAAGGACAUGCACCGGAAAAUAAUGUUUCUAUGAAUUAUGGAGCUUCUUUCGGACUAUAUUAAUAAAUACACAUUUUCUUGCUGUUA